AUGGAGAACUCCAGUGAGGUCGUGUCUUUUGUGCUGGCUGCAUACGGUAACAUUGGGAAGUUAAAAUAUCUGUAUUUUAGCGUAAUGCUGUCGUGGUAUGUGUCCGUCUGUGUGGCCAACACGUUCCUCAUCGUGGUCAUAUACGUGGACAGAAGGCUGCAUGAGCCCAUGUACAUCCUGCUCUGUAAUCUGUUUGUGAACGAGAUCGGCGGCAGCACGUCACUCUAUCCUCUCCUGCUCUCACAAAUGCUGUCCGACAGCCACGAGGUGAGCCUGCCGUGGUGUUUUCUGCAGAUGUGUUGCAUCUACACGUGCGCCUCUGUUGAGUUUUGCAGUUUAGCAGCCAUGGCCUACGACAGGUACAUCUCCGUGUGCUACCCUUUGCACUACAACACCAUCAUGAACACACGGAGGGUGCUCAGGAUCAUUGUGCUCGUCUGGACGUAUUCGCUCGUUAACUUCAUGUUCUCAUUUUCGUUCAUCAUCGGUUUGAAGUUUUGUGGCAACGUCAUCGACAAAGUGUUUUGCGAUCACCACUUAGUCAUUAAACUCGCGUGUUCGCUUUCAGUAAACAGCUACGUGUCUGACGUGCUUUUUGUCUUUGUGAGUUUUGUCGUCCCGUUCGGUUUGAUUUCAGCUUCCUACAUUAAGAUUCUGGCAGCUUGCCUGAGCACGUUUAAGGAAAACAAGCAAAAAGCCGUGACCACGUGCGCGCCUCAGAUCGUCUCGGUGUCCAACCUGUUUGUCGGCUGUGCUUUUCACUUCAUCGACUCCAAGUUUGACGGGGCUCAUUUACCACAGAAAGUCCGAGUGAUUCUGUCUGUGUAUCUUCUCAUUUGUCAGCCGAUGAUCACCCCGUUUAUGUACGGACUGAACCUUCCAAAGAUAAAACAAGCUUGUAAGAGAUUUCUUGAAAAGCAAAAUUUGAUGUUACCUGGAAUUGGAUUCAAUCAAACUCAACAUAACUUUUUGUGA